AUGUCAAACGUCUUCCUCUCGGGCUUCGACGGUACCAUUACCGCCUCAACUUAUGCCGUGAUCAGUUCCGAGUUCAAUGCUGCCAACACAGCCUCCUGGUUGACGACAUCCUAUCUGAUCACCAGUACCGCCUUUCAACCUCUGUACGGUCGCUUCUCCGACAUCUUUGGUCGCCGCACAUCCUUCUUCACUGCCACAAUUACCUUCAUGGUUGGCUGCUUGGGCUGCGGCGUUGCCAACGAUAUUGCCGUUCUAAACCUCAUGAGAGCUUUGACGGGCAUUGGCGGCGGCGGGCUCAUGACCAUGGCCACCAUCGUAAACUCAGAUCUCAUUCCUUUUCGUCGUCGUGGCAUGUACCAAGCGCUGCAGAAUGGCAUGCAUGGCUUCGGGUCAAUUUGCGGUGCCGCGUUCGGUGGCUCGAUUGUAGAUACCGUCGGGUGGAGAUGGUGUUUUCUGAUGCAGGUUCCGGUCGGACUUCUCGCCCUGGUCACAGGUCACUUGGUCAUACACCUCCCUCAGAAGUCGGAGGUGAUUGAACAAGCCCAAGGUUUUCGCGCUGUUUGGAAGGUCGUCGACUUUUCUGGAGCCCUCUUCCUGAUUCUCGGCCUCUCUAGUCAAUUAAUUGGCCUGAGCCUGGGCGGGAAUGAGCUUCCCUGGUCCAACGUUUGGGUCAUUCUGUCCCUUGUUGGUAGUGUCGUUCUCCUAGGCCUCUUCAUGCGGAUUGAAGCCAAGACGAGCGCCAUUCCUCUCAUCCCUCCUCGGAUGCUGCGUGGGGUCCUACCCGUCGCGACGCAAAUUGCCAAUGUCUGCGUCGGAAUGGCUGCAUAUGCGUUCCUAUUUACACUCCCACUCUUGUUUCAGGUGAUCCUAUUGGAAUCUGCCACCAAGGCCGGCGCCAGACUGGCAGUGCCGUCACUUGCUACUCCAAUUGGAGGACUCAUUUCUGGCAUUGUCAUGUCUCGUUGGGGAAAGCUUGCGUAUCUCGUACGUGCUGGAACCCUGCUCAUGUGCGUUGGCAACUUGAUGGUCAUGUUCAUACAAUUCAACGACGCGCCGUGGAAGUACUUUGCCUACGUCAUUCCCGCCAGUCUCGGCCAGGGUAUUGUGUAUCCCGGAAUUCUUUUCACCUUCCUUGCUGCAUUCGACCAUGCCGACCAUGCAGUAUCCGCAUCCACCGUCUACUUGGUGCGCUCCCUGGGCACCGUGUGGGGCGUGGCAAUCACUUCGACGAUUGUACAGAAUACCUUGCGCUCAGGCCUCGCUGAGGCCUUGAGUGGAAUACCAGACAAAUGGAAAAUCAUUGAUGAUAUUCGUCACUCGGUAUCGGCGAUCCACAGUCUACCCCCGGACAUCCAGAUGGCUGCAAGAUUGGUGUACUAUCGAGGCAUUCGACUGUCCUUCCUGGCAUCGGCGAGCUUUGGGUUCGUAGCCGUCAUUGCCGCCCUGUUCACCAAGGGCAAAGGUCUGCAUCGCUCGAAUGAUGCAUAA